AUGCCUAGCAGACUAUCAAAGCUAUUUUCCUCCGACAAGGAGAAGGAAGCACUUGCCCAACGUGACAACAGUUCGCGUGGCAAAGACUCUUCCUCCUCUUCAGAGCAGCUUCCCAGCUACGAGCAGGACCAGAUCGAUCGGGACCACAUCUUACAGCCUCCAGAUAUCACCGCUGGCUUCAGCAACCUUUCCAUACGACCGUCUGUCAAUGGCGUCCCGGUCAAAGAAGAGACGGUCGCUCACCUCAAAGUUCUGGAAGCCUUCUAUCGCUUGAGGCAAUCAGUCGGCUCGCAGAGUGGCCUCUUUGGCAUUCACAACAACAUCGUCACAGGACACGGCCUGCCCGAAAGCGACAAGAUCGCAGAGCUUCUUGCCAGACUCGCGGAGAAGAGAUGGGCCAUCUACGUUCAGAGAGCCGUGGACCGGUUUGAAGCGUGGUGGAACGUCCUUCUACCCAAUGCGUACUGGCCAGAGCGUGUGCGAUUAGAAAGCGAAGGGAGACGAGGUCUUCUUGUCAAACCAGAGAACGUUGGAGGUAUGCCCUAUCGACUUGUCAUGGAUAAUCUGCCACCAGUCGACAUCUUGAUGGUUUGGCAUGCAUUCAUGCUCAACCCACGAGCUUACUUCGAAGACUGCUUGAGACAAGGCCAUAUGGCUUUUUGGCAUUGCUCGUUCCCGUGGGAAGAGGUCGCGGGUGCCAUCAACUCUGAGACCUUCGCGUUCGAGCCUUCAAUUGAGAUGCAGCAACACUUCACCGAGCUCACUAAUCUUCCUUGGGAUAAUUUGGAAGGGAACAAGCUACGGACUGUAAAAUGUCCUUAUUGCCAAGCGAGCAACGACGUCCCAUGGACUACAUGCGACUGGAAUACAGCUAUCGAUCAUGCGCUCUCUAGUGGCUAUGGUUUCUCAGACAAGGACUUUUUUGCGACCUGCAGCAGUUGUAACGCAUCCAUUCACCACGAUCGACUACGAGCUGGAAAGUUUGCCCGCGACCUUCGGAGAUUGAUUGUAGAUGACAAGCCGAUGGCUGGCACUGUCUUAGGCAUGGAAGGAAUUCCAUUCCAAGCUUUUGGCAAACGAGACGUGACCUCCGAAUCUGUCAUGAAGUUCCCUAAUGAACUCCUCAGGCAUGGACUUGGAACGGUUAUUGAAGGCAGUCGGAAAGCAGGUAUCUUCGAUUCAGAAGGGGCAGAUGGCCACAGUAUAGACGGCAUUCGUGGUAUGAUUGAAGGGAUGAUGAAGAACAAGAGCUAUAUGCGGAAGGUGAGAGGAAGCCAUUCGCACACACCGCAAAGAGCUGAGCGCGUGGCCAUUCGGAAGAUGAUGAGUCGAUAUUGGGACAACAGCUCACCAUUCGCGCUUGAUCUGGUAGGGGCAGUCAUCCGUCAAGGAACGUUUAUCGAAAAGAUGCAUAACAUUGACUGGCUGCAUUCUCCGGCGUUGCCAUCGACCAUGGAGAGGAUCAUCACGAAGUACCAGCACUUCAUGAACAUCAUGAAAGAUCAUCCUACACGAAUGGCUGUUCCAACACUUGACGUUGACCUGGUCUGGCACACGCAUCAACUCAACCCAGCAACGUACAUGGAGUACACGAUCACCAAAACUCGUCAAUUCAUCGACCAUGACGAUAAAGUUGCUGAAGUUCAGCUCAAUGACGCUUUCGCCUGGACGUCCAAGACCUACCAGAAACUCACCGGCCUCCCGUACUCCGAAUGCACUUGCUGGUACUGCGAAGCGAUCCGAGAGUCGCAUACUUCAGCCGCCAGUCGCUUCUUCCAGACUCCCUCUGCGACAGCUGCCGACGAGUUGCAUGCCUCCCCUCAAGAUCCCAAGAAGAGCGUGCACAUCUCAGCCCACAACGCCGUUCGCCCGACCGACGCAAAGUACGAUGCCGUUUCACGCUCUCACGCCGAUGAUCUCGAGAAAGCAUAUCAGAAGGCCUGCGAACGAGCGAAGAAGAAGGGCAAGCCGGUGCCGAAGAGGAAUGAUUAUUACUACUCUGAUGCGUAUGGGUACCCUGUCUACAUCCCGGCAUACUCUCCUUACAUUGGCUUUGUGCCUUACGCUCCAAUGUACUACCCUGCCACACCAGGCUGCAUGGCUGUCGGGGCUGGAGCUGUAGGUAACUGCUGUUCAGGAACCUGUGGCGGUGGUGUCGCCGCUGGUGGCUGUGCCGGAGCAGGCUCGGGCGGAUGUGCUGCAGGAGCUGCUGGCGGCUGUGGCGGCGGCGGUGGAGGAGGGUGUGGUGGAGGUGGCGGAGGAGGGUGUGGUGGCGGAGGAGGAGGAGGAGGUGGUGGUGGUGGAUGUUAG